GGAGCUCGGGUUUGCAUUUUGGUGGCCCUGUGUGGGGUGAGGAGUUGGACUUGGUGGCCUUUGUGGGUCCUGUCCAACUUUGGCUGUUCUCUGGUUCUGUGAGCAGCGGACAGGGCUGAUUUGGCGCAAGCUCCCGUUCCACGUUCAGCAUCGUAGGUGCUGUUAGGAGCUGAGGUGGGUGCCGUGGCAGGCGGCUCCUCCGUGGUGGUACUCCAGUGAUGGGGGUCAUCGCGCCGUGUUUCUGGGAUAGCAACAAGGUCACAACUUUCCAAGUGCAUCAGUGUUUCCAACUCCUUCUGCUUAUUUCCCAGGCCGUGUGCGUUGUCAUAAAGGCACUUCAGCUGGGCUUCCUGUCUCACGGCCUUUCUUUUCUGGAGGAUCUAGGAUUCCCUAGAACAUCCUCCUGCUCUUCUCCGUCGCUUUGUGCUCCACCCUUUUCACCCAUCCAGUUUGGUGUGAACCCUCGAACAACCUGCUCAACCCCGGUGGCCCUCAUGUUGCCCCCUUCUCCCUUCAUAGUUAGUUUAAAGAGCUUUCAAUGAGUCCUGCCAGUUCCUGGGCUAGGGCGCUCUUACCCCUUAGAGACAGGCAAGUUCCAUCUGCAGACAUCGUGCCAGGUGCUGGGUAAAUUGCCCCAUGGUCAAAAAACCCAAAUUCCUGUGUUUGCAGCAACCUCUAAGGCUUUUAUUUAUGAGGUGGGUUUUUUUGAUCCUCUCAGUAUCCUGCCCCGCCACUGAAGGUAUAGAAGAAAAAAGCAGCUGCACGCCCUUUCCAUCUACUACCUACCGCAGUCCCCUGAAGUCUUUCUUGAUAGUCCUCAGGCUUUUCUCAGCGGCUUCGUCACUGCCGGCCUGAACUAUCAAGAAGGGGUAGCAAUCUCAGGGGCGAAUCAGACCAGAAGUUUUCUAGCAAGAUCCCUGCCCCGUUCCCCAUGGAGGCAGCGCAACUCCGUACGGGUAGGGUCAGGCUGAAAUGCAGGGCCCACCGUUCGUCUUAGAAGGGAGUCGCCUCUGACAACCAGCCUUCUUUCCUUCUGGGUGGAGGCAGUCUUGAGGCGUGCGGUUGACUGCUUCACCCAAGGCAAGCUCACGGGUGGACCUCCCAGUGCACCCUCACUCGCCUCUCCCUCGAGUUGCAGGGCGUCAAACGUAUUUUGCAGAGGCCCCUGGGGAAGCGAGGAUGGUCGGGAUGGGGGUUGCCUACUUCUCGGAGCUGGUACCUGUUUCCAGUCCUCGUCCUGUCUCCAGUUGCCUCACUCUCCUCGGCAUUGGCAGGACAGCGGAGAUCAGAAUCACCAAGGCAGGAAAAGACCUCCAGGAUCAUCCAGUCCAACCAUCCAGCUCCCGCCACCGUUUCCUCACUAAGCCAUGUCCCUUGGUUCAACAUUGACACAUUUCUUGAACGCCUCUGUGGAUGGUGACUCAGCCACUUCCCCGGGCAUCCCAUUCCAGUGGCUGUCCACUCUUCCAGAGAAUCAGUUCUUCCUCAUAUCUCCCCUGAACCUCCCCUGGCACAACUUGAGUGACUGGAAAAGGAGAGACAUAAACCCCAUUUUUGAAAAGGCCAAAAGGAAGACGUGGGGAACUACAGGCCUGUCAGCUGAUUAUGAAGGAAGUCUUCAGGAAACUAUAGUAAAGCAAGCCGAAAACAGAGGUGAUUGGUGACAGCCCUUACUUCACUAAGGGCAAAUCAUGCGUGACCAAUUUGUUGUUCUUCUACGAUGGCAUUAUAGCAUUAGUGGGUAAGGCUGAAGCCUGAGCUUCUGCGGUCAUCUAUCUGGACUGACGUGGAUUUGACAGAUGGACAAUUGAGUGGUCCAUUAAUUGACUUAGCUGGACAGUUAGACUGAGUGGUUGCCGUCCACCAUUGUCGCUCAUUGUGAAGGCAGAGACCGGUGGUGACCCUCAGGAAUCCAUUGGUGGAGCUAUUCAAGAAAUAUUUAGCUGUGGUACUAAGGUACGUGGUUUAGUGGGCAAUAUUGGCAGUAGGUGGACCGUAGGAGUAGAAGAUAAGGAGAAGCGGAGGCUCGGGGGAGAUCUUCUCUCUCUCUCUCUCUCUCUACAAAUCCCUGAGAGGAGGCUGUGGCAAAGCGGGGAUUGGCCUGUGCCCCCAGGUAACAGCGAUAGGAAAAGAGGGAAUCAGAAUCACCAAGGCAGGAAAGGAUCUCCAAGAUGAUCGAGUGCGACCGCCCACCUACCACCGCUUCCCCACUAAACCACGUCCCUUAGUUCAACAUUUAAACAUUUCUUGGACACCUCUGUGGAUGGUGACUCAACCACUUCCCCGGGCAGCCCGUUCCAGUGCCUGACCACUCUCUCUGAGGAUAAAUUAUUCUUAAUAUCCAUCCUGAACCUCCCCUGGCGCAACUUGAGGCCAUUCCAUCUCAUCCUAUUGACAGUGAGAUGGGAGAAGAGGCCAACUCUCACCUGGUCACAACCUCCUUUCAGGGAGAUGCUGUGAGCCCUCAAGUUGCGUAACCGUUGGGGUUAUGGCAACUGAUUAAAAAUGAUGGGAUGGAAAGUAAUGAGUUUCCUCAUAGGAGGCGCUCAUCUUGAGCUGUCAAUCUGAAGAAGUGCAAACAGAUGCGGACAAAGGAGAGUCAAUGCGGUGUAUUGAAAAAACAUGCAAGGACAUGACGCAUAAGUUGCCAGGGCAAGUUUCACAUUCAGGGAUAUCCUGUGCAGUAGCGUCCUUGUUGCAGACCCUGUUUCUGUAUUGCGUCUCUUCUGGGCCCGCUGAGCAAGAAGAAAUUCCUUCUUGAGGUUGUCAAGGCACUAUGAAAGUUUUCCGGCAAAGCUGUGGAUGCCCCGUCCGUGGAGGUGUUCAAGGCCUGGUUGGGUGGCGUCCUGGGCUGCCUGGCCCAGUGGGUGGCAUCGCUGCGCACAGUGGUGGGGUUGGACGUACCACUUGUUUAACGUCCCCUCCAAGCCAGGGCAUUCUAUGGUGCUGUGAUUCUACGAUAUGGCGCCUUUGGUGUUCCGUUUCCGGAUGGUCGCCUGGAUCCGGAUUUUGUGCCUCAGGGGAAACCCAGAGGGCUUGCACAGAUAAGUCCUAAGUGUUUGGUUAGUUGGAGAGCUGCCACAUAUGAGUGGGAUGGUUACCCCUGCCAUCAGCUGAGAGCACCCAGGCCUUGGCCCUCUUGGUCAAUCAACAGCGUGGAAUCGUGUCCCUGAGCCCGGUGUGGAUGCUGGAGGUGUGACUGGAGGUGUAGGUGAUCCAGCUUCCCCUCUGCGAUCCAGGAUGCGUGGGAGUCCGUCAUCUCACAUGGAAGUGCGGCCAGGGAAGGCGUUGCCAAGUCCUCAGCUCUUUCCUGUGCUGGAGCCCCGCUGGAAUCCCAGGGCUUCCUACGUUGUGUUAGGUCCGGAAAGAGGAAAGGAUACAUCUAGAAGAGGGAGAUACUCCCCGAGGUCAUCUCCUGGGCUAAAGGAACUCCUGAAGGAAAUGGAGAAGGCAGCGCGUGGAAGUGACCAACCAUCUGCACAGGACGCGCUGCGGUUUGGCAGCCAUCCCACACUGCCAGUCUCGGCCAGAGGAACACAGACAGCGCCGACAACUGGCAUGCCAGGGGUGGAUGCUGGGAAAAACACAAGGGCUGUGCUUCAGGAGUUUCUGCAGGUGCACUUCACCCUAGUGAUCACAGUGCUUGUAACUGUGCUGCUGUCUGGGCUGGUGAUGACCUGUAUUGCUGUGUCGUGGAUGUGGCACAAAUAUCCAGUGUGCAAGAGGGCAGAGACAGCUCCAGGACAAGCUCAUCCUGAGAGUGACCGGGAGAGAGGCCAAUCUGGAGGUGAAGGCAGAGCGGAGCUGGGAGAGGCAACAGAAGAUGCCGUAGUUGCCCAAGAAAAGAAGAAUGUGUCCAGCGGAUCCAGCCCGUUCCCCUCCUCCUUUGAAGCGGAGUUUGAACAGCUGUGCAGCAAAAUCCGCACAGACCCUUCCCUUUGGCCCACGUGUCCCAGCAGCUCUCCCACGGACGGCGUCUCUUCCCCAGAUGCCCGCGGUUCUCGGGGUUCCCCAUAGCCAUCUAGUGCCCCGGUUACCUGUGUCAGCAGGGCUGGGGUCCCCUGGAAGACCCCGCUUUGUGAGUAAUAAAGACACCCUGUGCAAAA